AUGUGGAGAAGAGUUCAAGCUAAAAACCGAGAGAUACACCUUAACGAUGACCAAGUGAGUGUUCUGGGAAAGCUCCCUGAUCCAUGGUGGUCACAAUGGGAGUCCAGAGCGGAUUUUUUUAAUGAGGAUGCAACUAUUGAUAUCACGACUGGUGCUCCUUUCCAAGAUAGCCUGGAAGAACGGCACGAUUGGUUCGUUAAUGCGGCUCGGCGGCGAUCAGAUAUGGAAGAGCAGGGGAGGAUGAGAAGAAGGCUUUUCUGCAUAUGA